AAUUCGUACAUGGUAUUAGAUACAGUGUCCUACCAAAUUCUACAUUCCAUUACAGUAGCUGCUAAAAUUACACUCACUGCCCUUCACUCACUUCCCCCCAUCCAUAAGUACUCCUCUUCCCUCCACUCCUUCUUCCUCACCAUCUCUCUGUCUUCUUUCCAGUUUAUGACAGUGAAAUUGGAAAAAUGGGGUUUUUAAGUGUGGUUUGCAUUUCCUUUCUUGUCUUGUCUCUGUCACUGUUAGUAUCAGUGGAAGGUAGAAUCCCGGGGGUUUACACCGGCGGUUCGUGGGAGAAUGCUCAUGCGACGUUUUACGGUGGCAGUGACGCCUCCGGCACUAUGGGUGGGGCGUGUGGGUAUGGGAAUUUGUACAGUCAAGGGUACGGGGUGAACAAUGGGGCUUUGAGCACGGCUCUGUUCAACAAUGGCCUCAGCUGUGGAGCCUGCUUUGAGAUCAAGUGUGAUAAGGAUAAGUCGUGCUUUCCCGGCAGCCCGUCUAUCUUCAUUACGGCCACCAAUUUCUGCCCUCCUAACUAUGCUUUGCCCAACGACAAUGGCGGCUGGUGCAACCCGCCCCGCUCGCAUUUUGACCUCGCCAUGCCCAUGUUCCUCAAGAUCGCCGAGUAUAGAGCCGGAAUUGUCCCCGUCGUUUACCGCCGAGUGCCGUGCAAGAAGAGAGGCGGAAUCCGGUUCACAAUCAACGGCCACCAAUACUUCAACCUGAUUUUGAUCACCAACGUGGGCGGAGCAGGGGACAUCGUGAGGGCGAGCGUGAAGGGGUCAAAAACCGGGUGGAUGGAGUUGAGCCGGAACUGGGGACAAAACUGGCAAACAAACGCCGAAUUGAUUGGCCAAUCGCUCUCCUUCCGCGUGAGAGGCAGCGACCGCCGCUCCUCCACCUCCUGGAACAUCGCCCCCUCCAACUGGAACUUCGGCCAAACCUUCGUCGGAAAAAACUUCCGAGUCUGAACUCGCAAUAAUAAUAUUCCAAAUUUCCCGCCAUCUAAUAUUCGGUACAACUACAAGUAGCCACAGACCUUUUGGCCUCUUUUACGUCUUCUUCUUCUUCGUAUGUUUGGCUGUCGUGUUUUAGUGGGCGUUGGGGACUGUGAAAGCUGAAAAUUUGCUUGGUCGGAUGGUAACUUUUAGACCAUUUUAUUAAGUGUAUUUAGACCCAACAGAGCAGCUGAAGUGACUGCACAAGAAUGUAGCCCGCAGCUGUUCGUAUUUACAGGGAAUCAACUAGUUUUAGUACUACAAUUAUAUAUUAAUAUAAAUAUGACUGUGUUGUUUACUAA